AUGAGUGCAUCCACACCAAGCGCAUCAACAGCGAGCGAGCGCCGUACACUGACAUGGGAGGAGUACGGCGUGGUCCCAGUUCCGCAGCGGAAGCCACUUCUGACACCUGAGGAAGAACAAGAGAAGCUUAAACAGCGAAAGGCAGAGAUCUUCAAGCGCAAUCAGGAUAAAUCGCCCCUGAUGCGCCUCCCUGCUGAGCUCCGCCUCAAGAUCUAUGACUAUGUGUUCCACACGGCACCCAUCCGCCCCUACCGCGAGCACCGACUCUACGGCCGCUGGGCCUACUCCAACCGCCAACUGCGCCUCCUACAGGUCUGCAGCCAAGUGAACUCGGAGGCCUGCUUCGUGCCGUUCACCUGCAAUGUGUUUGCGGGAUUCGCGGACCAAGUACUCGAGUUGGUGUUGACUCGUCUUCCGAGGGAGAAGGCGGACAAGAUCACCAAAGUUGAGAUUGAUGCGGAUGCUUUCGCCGUGUAUAGGGAGGGCGAUAUCCCUGGGGUGGGAUUGCAGCCGUGGUUCACCAAUGAAUUGGCGGGUUUGGCUGGACUGAGGGGACUUAAAGAGGUGGUCUUGCUGUGGUUUGGCAGUGACGUUAGAGUUGUGGGGCAGAGCCUGUUGGCGGACAUGUCAGGGGUGUUUCAGGCAGCUGGAAGGGGAGAUGUGAGGAUUGUGGUUAAGGUGUAG